UCUUAAAACCCCUGAACCAGUUCAACAACAACACAAAUGCAUAAACCAAAACCUUCCCAAAUUCAAUGCGUUUCGGAUUCAUAGCAAUCAAUUCAUGGAGAAAAAAUUGCUGUUAUUCGCAUUUUGAACGAUGGAUGACAACAAGCAAACGAGUACAAGAUCGAAGCAAGAAGAAAAGGGUUCACGAACUCGAAGCAGCAACAGAGAAAUGGAAGAUAACAUCCAAAAUCGUUUUUUUAAUAGAACUUCUCGAACAAGAACCAGAAAUUGUUAUUCCCGUUCGAUCCCUUUCACAUUAUCGUAAACAAAUCAGCCUUCCAAAACCUCACAGAAUCUCUGAUUUUCUUCGCAAAACCCCAAAACUUUUUGAGCUCUAUAAGGAUCGUAAUGGGGUGUUAUGGUGUGGUUUGACUCAAAAAGCUGAAGUUUUGAUGGAAGAACACAAAAGGGUCAUUGAGGAAAAUGAAGAUAAAGCUGCUGAAUAUGUUACUAGGUUGCUUAUGAUGUCUGUUGAUAAACGUGUUCAGUUGGAUAAAAUUGCGCAUUUUCGAAGAGAUUUUGGGUUGCCAAUGGAUUUUAGAACUCAUUGGGUGCAUAAGUAUCCUCAGCUUUUUCGUGUGGUGAAGCCUUCUCUUGAUGAUGUUGAGUUUUUGGAGCUUGUUUCUUGGAAUUCUGAAUGGGCUAUCACAGAGAUUGAGAAGAAGAAUAAGAUGAUUUUGGAAGGGGUAACCGAAACCGAACAUACUCCGGGUUUGCUUUCUCUGCCAUUUCCUUUGAAAUUUCCUGCAAAUUUUAAAAGGGUGCAUAGUUAUUAUGGUGAAAAGAUAAAAAUGUUUCAGGAGAGGACUUAUUUGUCUCCUUAUGCCGAUGCGAAGGGUUUAAAACCGGGUUCUUUAGAAUUUGAUAAGAGGGCUGUUGCUGUUAUGCAUGAAUUGCUUAGUUUUACAGUUGAGAAGAGGUUGGUGACAGAUCACCUUACUCACUUUCGUUGGGAGUUAGUUAUGCCUCAGAAGUUGAUGAGGCUUUUACUCAAACAUUGUGGUAUUUUUUACGUUUCUGAGAGGGGGAAAAGGUUUAGUGUGUUUUUGACAGAAGCUUAUGAAGGUUCGGAGCUGAUUGAGAAAUCUCCUUUGUUUUUAUGGAGGGAGAAGCUUCUUAGUCUUGUUGGUUAUAGAGGAAGGAAGAAGAAGUUUGAGGCGGAUAGUGAUAGUGAUGAGGAAGGCGGUGAUGGUUUGCGUUUGCUUCAGAGUGAUUCCGAUGUGGAGGACUUGAAUGUGGAGCUUGAGCAACAGGAUACCUUGGAGUACAAGGAUCCUUUACUUGAGGACGAUUCUGAGAUGGAUGUUAGAGGGAUUUCGUGAGUGUGUCAAUUUUUUAUAACUUAUUGAGGUGGAGGUUUGUCAUAUUUCAAUUCAAACUUCAGUUACCUCAAGAACAUGCAAUUUAAUACCUCUUUGUGAAAGAUCUGGGCAGCUGAGAGAUGAAGUGAAGAGAUGAUGGAAUGAAGUGAAGAGAUGAAGUGAAAACCUGUUGUACGAUUGAAUUGGGAGAAGAGGAGAAGAACUUUGUGUUUUACGAUUGAAUUGGGAGAAGAAGAGAAGAAGCGGCUGUUCUGUUGUACGAUGGAAUGAAGUGAAGAAAUAGGGUUUUGAAAAUUACAAAAUUAACCCUUCUAAUGUCACUUAAGUGAGGGGUAAUUCUGUAAUUUCGCUUCGACCCGGAAACGCGCCGCGUUAGACCCGCUCCCGCUCCACGAAAAGCGGCCGCGAAACCCGGUUUUCAGCCGCUUUUGCCUAACGCGCGAUGCGGUCGCGUUCUGACGCGCUAGGCUGUUUUCAGCCGCUUCGCGCCGCGUUAGGCCGCUAUUGACAACAGAGGUUAAGAUGACUGUAUUAUCAACAUAAACCAGUGUGAUAUGCAGGACAUCUUUGGACCUCGAUCCAUAGCUCUAAAAAAACCUCACGGUUACACGCUGCAUUCGAUCUCGGCCAUCGACUUGAGAUCGGUCGGUUCACAUUACACCUUCACUAAAUUAAAUCUCAACUAUUUGAUUCUAGAUUGGAUGGCUGAAAUCAACAACAGCGGCACACAGUAACUGUGUGUAAUCUAAAUCCGAUAUCUUUUAUCUUUUCAUGGAAAGGAAUUGGUUUAAAGUGCAUUAAUCAUUAGUUUGGUUUACUGCACUGGUUGAUUUCAUAUAAUUUUUUGUGAGUAGUGAUGUUCAGUAAGAAAAUUUGAUGUCCGCGGUAGGGAA